UUCACAGCAGCCACAGUCCUCCGUGCUCUGGACCAAAAUAGACAGUUGAGGGCUGAGCAGCUGACAUCAACCAGAAAUGGCUGCCACCGGAGUUCUUCCCUUCAUAAGGGGGGUAGACCUCAGUGGAAACGACUUCAAAGGUGGAUACUUCCCAGAGCAUGUCAAGUGUAUGAGCAGUCUGCGAUGGCUGAAACUGAACAGGACAGGACUGUGUUACCUCCCAGAGGAGCUGGCCUCUCUGCAGAAGCUGGAGCAUCUUUCAGUGAGUCACAACAGCCUGACCACUUUACAUGGAGAACUGUCCAGCUUACCGAACCUACGGGCGGUGGUAGCCAGAGCAAACAACCUGAAAAACUCUGGAGUCCCAGAUGACAUCUUUCAACUGGAUGAUCUCUCUGUGCUGGACCUGAGCUACAACCAGCUGACGGAGAUCCCCAGGGACCUGGAGAACAGCAGGAACAUGCUCGUGCUGAAUCUGAGCCACAACGGUAUCGACUCCAUCCCCAACCAGCUGUUCAUCAACCUGACAGACCUGCUGUACCUGGACCUGAGCGACAACAAGCUCGACAGCCUGCCACCCCAGAUGAGACGCCUGGUGCACCUGCAGACUCUCAUACUGAACAACAACCCGCUGCUGCACGCACAGCUGCGCCAGCUGCCAGCCAUGGUGGCAUUACAGACUCUGCACCUGAGGAACACCCAGAGGACCCAGAGCAACAUGCCCACCAGCCUGGAGGGACUGACGCAUUUAGCAGAUGUUGACCUGUCAUGUAACGACCUCACUCGAGUGCCGGAGUGCCUGUAUUCUCUGGGCAGUCUGAAGAGACUCAACCUGAGCAGUAAUCAGAUCUCUGAACUCUCCCUCUGCAUCGACCAGUGGACUCAGCUGGAGACGCUGAACCUGAGCCGCAACCAGCUCACCUCGCUGCCCUCUGCCAUCUGUAAACUGUCCAAACUGAAGAAGCUGUACGUAAACUCCAACAAACUGGACUUUGAUGGCGUUCCCCCGGGCGUGGGCAAACUCUCCAGCCUCACUGAGUUCAUGGCCGCUAACAACAACCUGGAGCUCAUCCCCGAGGGACUCUGCAGGUGUGGCAAGUUGAAGAAGCUGGUGCUGAAUAAAAACCGCCUGGUGACGCUGCCUGAGGCCAUCCACUUCCUGACUGACUUAGAGGUCCUGGAUGUGCGUGAGAACCCCAACCUGGUGAUGCCUCCUAAACCAGUGGACAGAGGGGCCGAGUGGUACAACAUCGACUUCUCCCUGCAGAACCAGCUCCGGCUGGCCGGGGCCUCGCCUGCGACUGUAGCUGCAGCUGGAGGAGGAGCCAGCCCCCGAGAUCACCUGGCGAGGAAGAUGAGGCUGAGGAGGAGGAAGGACUGUUCUCAGGACGAUCAGGCAAAGCAGGUGCUGAAGGGCAUGAGUGACGUCGCACAGGAGAAGAAGAACAUGGAGGAGAACGGAGAAUUGAAAUACGCAGAUUUAAAGGUCCGACGCUGGGACAAGAGUCUAGAGAAGCCUCAACUGGACUACUCCGAGUUCUUUAUGGAGGACGUGGGGCAGGUUCCAGGUGUAACCGUGUGGCAGAUAGAGAACUUUGUUCCCAUGCAGGUGGAUGAAGCUUUCCAUGGCAAGUUCUACGAGGCGGACUGCUACAUCAUCCUCAAGACCUUCCUGGAUGAUAACGGAGCGCUGAACUGGCACAUCUACUACUGGAUCGGCCAGGAAGCCACGCUGGACAAGAAGGCCGGCUCUGCCAUCCACGCCGUCAACCUCCGAAAUUUCCUGGGGGCAGAGUGCAGGACGAUAAGGGAAGAGAUGGGAGACGAGAGCGAGGAGUUCAGCGCCGUGUUUAACAAUGAGAUCUCCUACAUUGAGGGAGGAACAGCCAGUGGAUUCUACACUGUGGAGGACACAAACUAUUCCGUCAGGUUGUACAGAGUUUACGGAAAGAAGAACAUUAGACUGGAGUCUGUACCUGUGAAGGCCUCCUCCCUCGAUCCUCGCUUUGUCUUCCUGUUGGACACGGGGCUGGAAAUCUUUGUCUGGAGAGGAGCCAACGCUACACUCAGUGGCACCACGAAGGCCAGGUUAUUUGCAGAGAAGAUAAAUAAGAAUGAGCGUAAGGGGAAGGCGGAGAUCACAACCCUCAUGCAGAACCAGGAGCCUCCAGGGUUCUGGGAGGUGCUGGGAGGACAACCAGAGGAGAUCAAGAAACACGUACCGGACGACUUCUCUCCCAUCAGACCUAAACUGUACAAGGUGGGCCUGGGUCUGGGCUACCUGGAGCUGCCUCAGGUGAACUACAAGCUGUCGGUGGAGCACAAAGACCACAAGAUCAAACUGGACACCCUGCCAGAGCUGAGACUGGUGCAGUCUCUGCUGGACACGAAGUGCGUGUACAUCCUGGACUGCUGGUCCGACGUGUUCAUCUGGAUCGGGAGGAAGUCUCCCCGUCUCGUCCGAGCCGCCGCCUUGAAACUGGGUCAGGAGAUCUGCUCCAUGCUGCACCGGCCCAAACACGCCUGCGUCACCCGCAACCUGGAGGCCACCGAGUGUCAGGUGUUUAAGUCCAAGUUUAAGAACUGGGAUGACGUGUUGAAGGUGGACUACACCAGAGCAGCUGAGACUGUGCAGCAGAAGGACAACCUGCAGGGCAAGGUGAAGAAAGACGCAGAGAAGAAAGACCAGAUGAAAGCCGACCUCACUGCUCUCUUCCUUCCCAGGCAGCCGGCCAUGGCCCUCACUGAGGCUGAGCAGCUGAUGGAGGAGUGGAACGAGGACCUGGACGGCAUGGAGGGAUUCGUGUUGGAGGGAAAGAAGUUCGCUCGUUUGCCAGAGGAAGAGUUUGGGCAUUUCUUCACACAGGACUGUUACGUCUUCCUCUGCAGAUACUGGGUGCCUGUGGAGUAUGAGGAGGAUGAGAAGGAGAAGAAGGAGGGUGAAGGUGCUGGAGAAGGCAGAGUUGGCAGAGGAGGAGGAGGAGGAGGCGGAGGAGGAGGAGGAGGAGGAGAUGAGGAGGAAGAGGACAAACAGCCGGAGGAGGACUUCCAGUGUGUGGUUUACUUCUGGCAGGGCAGACAGGCCUCCAACAUGGGCUGGCUCACCUUCACCUUCUCCCUGCAGAAGAAGUUUGAGAGUCUCUUCCCUGGAAAACUCAAGGUGGUGCGUAUGACCCAGCAGCAGGAGAACCUCAAGUUCCUGUCUCAUUUCAAGAGGAAGUUCAUCAUCCACAAAGGGAAGAGGAAACAGAAGACGGACUCCGCCCAGCCCUCCCUCUACCACAUACGCACCAAUGGCAGCGCGCUUUGCACCAGGACCAUCCAGAUUGGGACAGAUUCAAGUAAUCUCAACUCGGAGUUCUGCUUCAUCCUCAAGGUACCAUUUGAGAGCACAGACAAUCAGGGCAUCGUUUACACCUGGGUGGGCCGAGCUGCCGACCCGGACGAAGCCAAACUGGCCGAGGACAUCAUGAACAGCAUGUUCGAUGACACGUACAGCAAACAGGUGAUAAAUGAGGGGGAGGAGCCGGAGAACUUCUUCUGGGUGGGGAUUGGUUCUCAGAAGCAGUACGAUGAAGAUGCAGAUUAUAUGAAACAUGCUCGGCUCUUCAGGUGUUCCAAUGAGAAAGGUUAUUUCUCUGUGUCGGAGAAAUGCUCAGACUUCUGUCAGGACGACUUGGCUGAUGAUGACAUCAUGCUGCUGGACAACGGCAAUGAGGUGUACAUGUGGGUGGGCACUCAGACCAGCCAGGUGGAGAUCAAACUCAGUCUCAAAGCCUGUCAGGUUUACAUCCAGCACAUGCGCUCCAAGGAGACCGAACAGCCGAGGAAGCUGCGACUGGUGCGGAAGGGAAACGAGCCCCACUGCUUCACGCGCUGCUUCCACGCCUGGGGGGCUUUCAAAACCCCCCCCUCAUAGACAAACACUCUCUGAACCGCACACAUGCUCAGAAACGCUCACACCUUCAUACACAUUGAUUCGCUGCCAUGUUAUUUUCUACCAGUAAGAUGAUGAUGAUGAUGAUGUCGUCUAUGCCUAUAACCCAGCUUUACCUGAACUCUGAUUCCCGCCCUCCAUCCUGCUCGUCGCUGCUGCCAACAGGCUCCUGUCUGAUCUCAGUUCACAGUCAGUCCGGUUUCUGUCUUUGGGACAAAUAUCAGUUUUUCUACUUUGUUUUUUUUUUUUUCUUUUAGCAGCAGCUUGAAAUCCUGACGUUGAACGAAAGAAGAGAAUAAUGUUUUGAGCUGUACAGAGGCUUUAUAAAAAUCCAAAGGGAGGUGAAUCCGCCGAACAUAUCGAUCCGUGUCGCUGCUUUCACGUGGCUCAGCAGUCGUUUCCAGCAGAGGGUUCAGAGCUCGUUACACUCACUUCUCUGCUUUAGUGCCAUUUUUGCGAAAAGCUCGUUUGAAGCAGUUCGGGCCAGAUUAGUUGAUUUUACAGUUUAGUUUUUUUUUUUCUCCUCCCAUCAUUGAGGGAUUGAACAGAAAACAGCACUAUAAUUGUUUUUCUGAGGAAUGUUGGUUUAUAUAAAUAUAUAUAUUUUUCUGUUGUGUGGAUAUACAUGGUAUGUGUGUGUUUGCCCCAUGCGCCUUUACUGAAAUCAGUCGUUUGCUCUCUGUUCUCACUUUCUCUAACUCCACCACUGAUCUGAAACUCUUGUCGUAUGAGAUUUGUUUCCAUCGACGGUUCAAUCCUUUUGCCGGGUGAAAGUUAAAAUGGUUAAUGUUUAUUUGGCCAAAGAAAUCUUGAGGUCGGUGUUUAAGUACUCGAUUGUGAGACAGAGCUUUGUUUUAUGUUUAAAUGUGCAAUCAGUAGAGCUCGGGAGAUCCUGAAACUAAAUAACAUUCACGAUACUGUGUUCUUCUACGUUUCCGGCUGCAGUCAACUAAAUGUUUAUGUUCUUGCUUUUCUGGAGUGAAGGGGACGAGAGGAGUUUCUGUCCAAAACCUGAAAAAGUUAAAACAUCAUGUUUGACAUUUACGACCGUUUAGUGGAAAACGUUGAUCUUUUUCAGACAUGUUUCUCGUUUUGGAACAAAACUUUUAUUUUAUUAAUUCAAACGUUUUAAUGGGAGAUCUCUUGCACCAUAUCAGCGACAUAUCUUAACAUAGUGACUUCUGGGUAACUGAUGAUCGGUGUUGCCAGUUACAAACCUGCUGCAGCGCGUCUGGUGAUCAUGUGACCUGUGCAGUAUGCAGGCGUCGGUCCAGGCCAGAUAUCUGUGUAUUCCCAAGUGGCUGCAACUUUCAUUUUGUUAUUUUACACUAUACUUUGUGGGGUGAACUGUAUGCCUGUUAGUGUGUUGGGUCCUACACAUGUGUAUGUGUGUGUAUGAAUAUGUGCACAUGCUCCUGAUGCCACCUGCAGAUGCUUUAUUUAUGUAUUUUAUAUAAAAAUAAAAUCUCACAUCGCA